UGUAUUUAAUGUCUCAAGUAUCCAGGCUUAAGUAAUGUUUUAAUUGUUUACUUAUAGAUUUGCAACCCUUGCAACGCGGAUGGAGCAGUACAUUACCGGACAGUCUAGGGAUUUGGUUGACCAAGCGUACACAAAAUUUGUUAGCAUAAUGUUUGUAACUUUGGAAAAACUUGCUCAAACAGAGCCAAAGUACGCAGAUAUUUUUCUUAUAGAGAACUAUGCUGCUUUCCAGAAUAGUUUGUAUGACCUAGCCAAUGUGGUGCCUACUUUGGCCAAGUUUUAUCAUCAAGCUAGUGAAGCAUAUGAGCAAUCAUGUUCGCGCCAUAUUAGCAUGAUUAUCUAUUAUCAAUUUGAACGCCUUUUCCAGUUUGCCCGAAGGAUUGAGGACUUGAUUAUCAAUAAUGUUUCACCUGAAGAGAUUCCUUUCCAGCUUGGGCUGUCAAAAGUGGAUUUCCGGAAGAUGCUAAAAGCCAGUUUGUCUGGGAUGGACAGGUCCAUUGGUGCAAUGUAUAAGAAAUUGCAGAAGAAUUUGACUUCGGAGGAAUUAUUACCUUCCUUGUGGGAUAAAUGCAAGAAGGAUUUUAUUGACAAGUAUGACAGUUUUGUUCAACUUGUGGCCAAGAUUUAUCCGGCUGAGUCAGUACCUUCUACACAGGAAUUGAAAGAUCUUUUAGCUAACAUGUAAAGGUUUUUGCAUUUCUAAAUUUAAUCAUUCUUUUUUACUAAGAUAAAAUGUAAUCUACUUGAUUAAGUGCAUUUAUGUGCUUUAAUGACUUGAAACAAGCAUUUUAAGCAUCAUCUUGAGAAUGUGAUGAGUAUAUAUAUCCAA